CUUUCGGCUUAGCUGGGCAGCUGCUUCCUGGUUCUGGUUUGCAGCGGCAACAGCAGCCGUUGCUGCAGGAAUUGCAAAAACGGAGAGUCCAGAGGAGAAAGCCGCGGCGCGCAGCCAGGCCUCUGAAUGUGAUGCUGUGGACGCGAAGGCAAGCUCCUGACCCAAAGGUGUAUCUCUGAGGCUUCCUUGCCAUCCAGAGGGGACGUUGGCGGGAGAGACGGUCUCCCCAGGAAUGGGUAGUCAUGAGAAAGAUCUAUCUUCUCCUAAAAGGGCACCGCCCCCCUCCCGGUCCAACAGCACCGUAUCGUCCAGGCACAGCAUUGUUCGGCAGGGUUCAGAAAGCUGGGAGGUGGUGGAUGAGCUGCGGCUCCAAAGUGGGGUCAUCCAGGAGCCAGAGAGGCAGGAGGGCUACCUGCUUAAGAAGCGAAAAUGGCCCCUCAAGGGCUGGCACAAGCGUUAUUUCGUUUUGGAAGAUGGAAUCCUGAAAUACGCCACAACACGCCAAGAUGUCCUGAAAGGGAAGCUGCAUGGUUCCAUUGAUGUCCGUUCGUCAGUCAUGUCAGUCAACAAGAAGGCCCAGCGUGUGGACCUGGACACUGAGGAGAAUAUUUAUCAUCUUAAGAUCAAAUCCCAGGAGCUCUUCAACAAUUGGGUGGCCAAGCUGUGCUCACACCGCCAAGCAGAGACAUCCCAAAGACAGUACCAGACCAGCAGCCACGUCGGGAGAGGCUCCCAUCCUGCACAGGCCUGCAGCUCGCGGCACCGCAUUCUGAUGUCGGAAAGUGCCCCUGCCUUGUCUUCACUGGCCAGUCCUCGAGACAAGGUGAAUUCCUGGCUCAGCGACAGCAAAGGCCUGGAUAGGUGCUCAGCAGAACUCUCAGAAUGUCAGGGAAAGCUUCAGGAGCUGAACCGGAUGCUGCAGAGUUUGGAGUCUCUCCACCGCAUCCCCUCUGCCCCCCUCAUCUCCAAUAGCCAGACCUCAGCAAGUGCAGAGAGACCCAGAAAGGGGAAGAGAUCCACCCGAAUCUGGUGCACGCAGAGUUUUGCGAAGGAUGACACCAUCGGCAGGGUGGGGCGCCUGCACGGUUCUGUACCCAACCUCUCGAGAUAUUUGGAAUCCUGUCAGAACCAGGCCCUCUUUAGCGUCCCUCCGGAAUACAGCCAGCUGCAGAGAAGUUUUUGGAUCUUGGCUCAGAAAGUUCACGGGUCCCUCAGCAGCGUGCUGGCCGUGCUGACUGCAGAGCGAGACCGACUCCAGGAACUGCAACGGAGCCUGGAUCUGCAGCGUUCCUCCACACCUUCUGCACAGGGUGGCCGUGGGGGUGGCAUCGGAAUGGUGGCACCUGGGGCUUCUCUGCAGACACUGGACAAUCCUGAAUGUAUGCGCCGCUUCCAUUCUCUUUCCAUCUCCUCAGACACCACUCUGGACUCUUUUGCCUCAUUCAACCCUGACGAGCCGGAUGCUCUGCUGGUUAAGGGUCAGGAGCAGCAGUUGUCGAAUCGCAGCAUCGUCUCUCUCUCUGAUUCGCACACGGAGUUCUUUGAUGCCUGUGAGGUUUUCCUGUCGGCCAGUUCGUCUGAGAAUGAGGCCACAGAUGACGAGUCCUGCAUCAGCGAGGUAACGAACAGCAUCUCGGAGGAAACAUUGGACCUGGCAGGUGGCCCUGGGCGUUGCCACAAAGGCCCAGUGCCUAUGCACUGUGUCGGGGAGCCCUCCGAGAGGAGCCUCGGCCUGCCGGUGCCUCUUCCCUUGUACCUCCCUGGGCCGGGGCCUGGGAUCAUCCGGCGGAACUGCCUCCCGGCCUCUCACGUCCACGCCAGCGAUGUCAGCGUCUGGAACAUUCUUCGCAACAACAUCGGCAAGGAUCUCUCCAAAGUCUCCAUGCCGGUUCAGCUGAACGAGCCCCUCAACACGCUGCAGCGCCUUUGUGAGGAGCUCGAAUACAGUGCCCUGCUGGAUGCUGCCAGCCGCAGCCUGGACCCCUGUGAAAGAUUGCUCUGCAUGGCCGCCUUUGCCGUAUCUGCCUAUGCCUCCACCUACUACCGUGCCGGCAGCAAGCCGUUCAACCCGGUGCUGGGGGAAACGUACGAGUGCGUGCGGCCGGACAAGGGUUUUCGUUUCAUAAGCGAACAGGUAUGCCACCAUCCUCCCGUCUCCGCCUGCCACGCAGAGUCCGACAACUUCGUUUUCUGGCAAGACAUGAAGUGGAAAAAUAAAUUCUGGGGCAAAUCGCUAGAGAUCAUCCCUGUGGGUACCGUGAACGUCCAGCUUCCCAGGUUCGGGGAUCACUACGAGUGGAACAAAGUGACUUCCUGCAUCCACAAUAUCCUGAGCGGCCAGCGGUGGAUCGAGCAUUACGGCGAGGUGCUGAUCCGAAACACGAGAGACAGCACCUACCACUGCAAGAUCACCUUCUGCAAAGCGCGGUACUGGGGUUCCGGGGUCAACGAGGUGCAGGGCGCCAUUCUCAGCCAUAGCGGCAAGGUUAUCCACCGGCUCUUCGGGAAGUGGCACGAUGGGUUGUAUCGCGGUGUGGCCCCCGUCGGCAAGUGCAUCUGGAGGCCCAACCCUAUGCCUCGGGAUUAUGAGAAGAACUAUGGUUUCACUCAGUUUGCCUUGGAGCUCAAUGAGUUAACGCCGGAGCUCAAGCGCCUCCUGCCUUCCACAGACACACGGCUAAGACCUGACCAAAGGUACCUAGAGGAGGGAAACGUGCAGUCCGCAGAGUCCCAGAAACGGCGGAUCGAACAGUUGCAGCGAGACCGGCGCCGGGUAAUGGAGGAUAACAACAUUCUUCAUCAGGCGCGCUUCUUCAGGCAGCUAGUGGAUGUCAACGGCAAGGAAUCGUGGGUGAACAACAGCACCUACUGGAAGCUGAGGGUGGAGCCCGGCUUCAGCAAUAUGGACAGCGCCGUCUUGUGGUAGCUGCCAGCUUCUGCAGGAGCGGCUGUUGCCUUCUCCCGAAGUGGGGGAGCAGACGAUAAGGGUCCCCUGCUGCAUAAGCACAAGGUGAUCAAGGCAUGCAAUCCUGGAAUACCAGCACCUCGUGAAGAG